AUGGAUUUUCUUGUAAAUUUUUCCGGCUUGAGAGGAUCGAAGACCGCUUGGAGCGUUCUGGCACUACUACUUGUGCUUUUGCUCCUCGACAGUCCCGUCCAUGCGGCUUCGAAAGACAAAGAGCAAUCAGACCGAUGUCUCGACCCUUCCGUGAUCCAAGAGGCUGCGAAAAGCGACGGCGUUCCGAAUCCCAACCCCGAUAAGGAUGCGAAAUCGCUCACCUCGACGAACAAUUUUAUCAACUUCUGCCGCGGUGCCAAAUUGACGAAUGGUGCCCAAGUCAAAGAGGGUUCUUGCAAUCCUACACCGAUGGGCUUCCUUCCAAGCGACUCAAACAUGCCAUCAGUUAGGAUAAUUGAACCGUCGCCAGACAAGGUAAUCCCGGCUAAGACAGACUUCGACGUGGUCAUCACUGCUCAGAAGAUACAGUUUGGCUUCUUUACAUCGCCCAAAAACACCUAUUAUAUUGCUCCCCAACAGCUUAACUCAGAAGGACUCAUCAAAGGUCAUAUACAUGUGACCAUUCAGAAAGUGGAUGGAAAUAACCUUUUCGAGACAAAGGAGCAUGCAUUUUUCAAAGGUAUUUCCGACAAACUGGUCAAUGGAAAAGUGAAGACCACCGUCAAGGGCGGCUUGCCUGAUGGAUUAUACCGUAUCUCGACCCUCACGUCUGCGAUGAACCACCAGCUCGUAGCCCUUCCGGUUGCCGCAAGGGGUGCGGUGGAUGAUGCGAUAUACAUCCAUGUUGGUUCGGGCUCCAACAAGGACACAGGCUCGACAACAACCAAUAGCGUUUCCAACGGAGGAAGCGGUGGUUCGAAGGGCAAGAAGCACAAGAAGGUGUGUCGGGUCAAGAAAAGGAAGGCUUGA